AUGUGCAGUGAUAGUAUCCAGAUUUGUCGAAUAUGUUUAAGUGCAAAUGUUAGACUUUUCAGUUAUGAUCAAUACAAAUUGAAUUAUUAUUAUGAAAGUGUUUUAGGUUCGACAAUAUACAGUAAAGAUGGUUUACCACAUUACUUUUGCUUUGAAUGUGCAUCACUGUUGCAAAAGUAUCACAAAUUCAAAGAAAAAUGCUACACUGCAAUGAAGGUUUUUAAAGAUAUUCUGUGGAGAGGUUCUAUUACUUAUGAUGCAGUGACUCAAAUAGAUAGACAACAUUUGCAACUGUUGUCUCCAUUGUCAAUUUCACAAGAUUUGAUAGUUCACACACUUUUGUAUGAUGAGUUUAAAAUUGUAGAUGAUAAUAAAGAUUACAUAGAAAAUGUUCAAGUGGACAAAUUAGAAGCAACAACAGAUAAUGAGGUGGACUUCAAAUACAAUUCGGAUACAGAUAUCUUUGACUCUAAAAUGGAAAUAAAAAGUGAGGAUGAAAAAGAAAAGAAAGAUAAAUAUGAGCUCAAAAGGUUGAUGCUUUUUAAUAAUGCAAAUUGGAAAUUAGUUACAUUAACUGAAGAGGAGGCUAUGAAGGCAUUCAAAGCUCGUGGAGAGGAUGAAAAAUACACCUCAGCAAAAUUUAAAUGUACAGAUUGUUUUAAAGGGUUUUCUAAAGAGGAAAUGAUGAAAAGGCACAGACAACUUAGGCACAAUACAUCCAAAGGUACAUUGGAGUGUGGAUUCUGCCGCAUGAACUUCAAGUUUGGCUGUCAUGUCCGUCAGCAUAUGCGGGACCAUCUCAACACCUAUGAAUGUCUUAGAUGCCAUCAGGUUUUCAUGUCUGAGCCUUCAGCAUUGCACCAUGAAAGAUCUCACAGUGGAACUAUAAGGACCUGUACCUAUUGUGCUGAAGAAUUCAAACAUCCUUCAACAUACUACUCGCACCUACGCACACAUAGAAGCCAGCAUAUUUGCACUAUCUGUGGUUCAUCCUUUGUCAGUGAGAUUGGCCUGCAACAACAUAAGCGGGUAAAACAUUGGGCAGGCCAGGCUGACAACCAAGAAGACGACGACUCUGCGAAUACAUUCUGCGUUCUUUGCAACAAGAACUUUGAGACUAGAAAGGCGUUUGAGGAACAUCUAUUUCACUCAGCAAUGCAUACAGAUACCACACCGAUUGAUACAGACAACAAAACCGAGGUUGUGUCGGCCAGAAAAAUACUUGGAAAGAAAAUGCAAGCAAGAAUCGCGAAGCAAUUGCGUAGUCGAAAAGAAGACGAAAUCAACUUUAAACCAGUGAAAAGAAGAUGGCGCCGAAUGCGAAAACAAUUCCGUAAGCCCACGACUUGUCACCAGUGUGGUAAGUCUUUUGACUCUCAAAUGGCCUGUAUGAAGCACCAUCACGAAGAACAUCCCCGGACGUCCUUCCAUGCGCCAAACGAAAGAUACAUUUGUGAAGUUUGCGGAGCGUCCCUUGCGCCAGGUAGUGUUGCGACGCACCAAAAUAUGCACACAAAGGAAAAGGUUCACGCGUGCGAAACUUGCGGACGACAAUUUGUAUCUAGUGUGGGACUGAAGCGACAUCUAGUGACGCAUACAGGAGAAAAGCCCUACCAAUGUACAAUGUGCGAGAAACGGUUCACACAGAGCAACAGUAUGAAGUUACACUACAAAACAUUCCAUCUCAAACAGCCUUACCCAAAAAGAAACAGAAGAAAAAAGAAGGACUUACUUGAAAAUUUGGACACAAUAGAAGGUGAUGUUGCACCCCAAAUUGCGAAACAAAUAACUCAACCGGGAAUUGAAAUAGCCACCGAGCCCAACGAUGCUUAUAUGACCCUGCCAUAUGACACAACGGUUUAUAGGAAACCUAUGUAG